CAGGGGAUACGCCAACUCAUACGUCGCUUCUGAAUAAAAUGGAGGUCGCGACGGCGACGGAGGCGUCGGCGCCGGCGGCGAGCGGCGGCGCGGCGCGGCAGACUCACCCAUUCCCGUGGCUAGACGCUGCCAUCUCGGAGCCCUACUACUUCCUGCACCUCCUCGCCUUCUUCUCUUACUUCGCGGCCCGCAGCGCGGCGCUCUCCGCCGACAACGGAGGCGAACUCCACGACCGCCUCCUCCGUCGGGAGAUCCAGGCAGUGCUCGUGUUCCUCGUGCUCUUCGUAGUGAAGAUUGUGAAAGAGGAAACCUGGGAAACAUUCAUUGCUGACUCAUUGCUUUAUGCGAAGGGUUUAUUGCUGGCAGUUACUUUGGUUAUUGAUUAUUGGCUGGUCUUUGCCUACUUUCUGGGAUUUCUUGUUAUAUAUGCUGUAGCUCAACAGCCACCUUAUGACGGCCUAGGCCAUUCAAAUCACUUGACCCCAUUGCAACUUGAAAGUCUGCUAACUGAAGAGCCAACAUCAAGAUUUUGGCUGGUAGAAUUCCGAACUUCAUUUUCAGCAAAAUGUAUACAAGCAAGCAGCGUUCUGCCUGAACUUUCUAUUAUGUACUCGAACAAGAACAUCUCUUUUGGAAUAAUUGACCUCGGGCAUUUCCCAAAUGCUGCAGCAAAAUUUGGGAUAUCCAUGUGGGAUCAUCUUCCCACUUACAUAUUGUUUGACAAGGUGACUGAAGUUUCUCGGUUUCCAGAAAUCACAAGUGAAUCAAAAGUAUUUGUGCCAAAAGUUACUAAGAAACUUCUUUGCCAGCAUUUUGAUCUUGACAGACGAUUGAUUGGAUACCUAUCUACCUGAUCUGUCAGCUAUCCCAGAUGCCUCAAAGGAUGGGGCCAUUUCCUUUUUUGUCGCUGAAUCGGACAUCUGUGUGGCAGCAAUCAGUUCAGGGGUAUCUUGAGCCUUGUAUUAUUCGAUGAUUUGCUUAUGCCCUUUUAAUCAAGGCCAGUAAACUUUGUGGUGAAAAAAACACAUAUUUUUGUCUAAUCUGUCAGCUACUGAAUUAUAGAAUUUCACUACCAUGCAGAGAUUUCUGUAAUGAUUUGCCGACUAUGUUUUGUGACUGCAGCAGCAGUCAAUUCAGACACCAUUCAUUUCCA